AUGUUUCCAUCGCAUCGGCACCCUUUUCCUCCAUCUACGGGUUCCACCAACAACGUGCGAGACGGAGGAGCGGCGAACGAACUCGUGAUUACACCUGCGGACCGAACCCUCCAAGGUCCUAAAUACAUUUCCUCGGACGCGGUCUCGUUUGGUUCUGGAUGGACUGCGAACACUUCUUUCCCGUGCGUUUUUGUAGGGGAGAGAAGACACCAGACAUACCUAGAGAGAAUUCCUUACGUACCGGACAAAGCCGCCUGGAAACGAUUUCGGCUCUCGUGUUCCAUUCGAGAGACGCCGUACGUCGUUUUCCGUCGGUUUCGUCACUUUUGUCGAAACGAAUCCCCGCUUGUCUACCAGGAUAUAUACUACGUUCGACCCGAGUCCGUUCCUCCUCAACCAACCAACAACCUUCAAGCGGACGGAAUUGGUGCCGCGGUGCCUUGCGGAACACCAAACCCAUUCUGUGUAGUUCCGUUGUACGCCAGUGCACCCGUCGCUGCCACCCAUCGAGACACCCAUCGUCGAAAGGCCUUCCAUCGCUCCCGUGCGGCACGUGCUGACAACCCGCGUGGCACGACCACCCCUGGGACCGUUUCCCGAAAAUCAAAAGUCGAUCGAUCGUACAAAACACAUUACAAGAAGAACGUCAUGGAAGACGACCUUCGAAACUCUACGAUUGAACAUUCGGAUCAAAACAGUAGUCAAGACGCCCUCGAACAUGUUAACGAAUCCCACAACGACGCCUCAGUUAACGAAUCCCACAACGACGCCUUACUCUUUGACGGUGAAUUACACGACACUACCGAACAACCAAAAGAAUUGCCGCUUCCGAACAAAGUUGACGAACACAACGAAUUGGACCUGAACGAUCUCCGCUCCUCCACACACAAUACGAACCUUACAGCCACCAGUUUGCAGGAAUCCUCGUACGCAAGUCUCAACGUCGAGCACUUGCUCGCCGAAAUGGACUGUGCGGCACCUCCGGAAAUGACCACACCGGGACCCCGACACGCACCCUGGGCAUCGGCUCCCUCUUCCGUACCGCGGCAACCCAGCUUGCGCGAUAUUAUGAUGGAGCAGCAGCAACGACAACACCAAGCCGAAAAGUCUUCCCUCUUAAUGGUCGAAUUGGCUCAGGAAGAAGAGUUGAUUCGGAUAGCCCUGGAACGUUCCCUGACCGAUGUGGGAUCGGUACAUUCCGCGACUGCCGCGUCCACUCGGACCGCCCCGCACGAGUCCCACGCUCCCCCCGGCGACCCGCAAAAUGCACAACCAGCAGCGGUUUCGGAACGUCCCUCGGUACGAAAAGAAACACAAGUGUCCAAAACAGACCUGAGCGCCGUGGAAGUAUCGUUGAUUGAACAAGCCUUACGCGAAGGCAUUCGGCGACACCAGAACGAUUUUCAUCACAACGCCUCCUUGCCCCAAAAGCCUCAUCCUGUGGCUCGCAUGCUUGCUACUCUUCACGAAGAAGAAACGACGGUGGGUUCUUCCCCCAAUGAGGAUGAUGACUUGUCUCCGGAAGCUCUGACGGAUAGCGAUCCAGAGCCAUCUUUGGAUUUGCCCGUACGACCGUCGUCCACCACUUUGUCCUCUUCCCCGCCGACUACUCCGGCUGGACAAGGAUCGUUGCAGAACCUUGAAGGUUCUCACAAGGACUCGUCCCCUCUGACGACUCCACUUAGUAGCAGUUCCUGGCGGCUCCGUGAGGGUCAAUACGCGUGCGCUGGGGCGUCACCCGCUUCAACGUCCGUCUCCGUUACAUCGUCCUGGACCCCCCGUGAUGCGGCUUCCCCAGACAAUGGGAUCAGUCCCGCGAGUACCAGCAGUGCGAGAAGUGCUGGCUACAACUACCGAUCCCCACUCGUUCAGCACUUAGGUCCCUCGUUCCAGCGUUUGGAGGAACUUUCGUCAGAUGAGCUAUUGCUGGUCGAUUCAGCAAGGUCCAUUUCUGGGGCCUCUUCUGCAAUGGAGUCGUCCUCUGCUACCGUUCCGCGACACGCUGUUCGUGAUCCGUUACUCGGAUUCACGUACCUUGACGAGUACCGCAACACAAACGAAAGCCAAAGUCAAGAGUGGGAUGGGUCUGAAGUGCAACAAAGGCAAAAAGCCCUCCGCGCCUCGCAGUCAUCCGGCCUCUCUGCGGGACCCAUGCUGGCUCCACCAUCUGCCGAUAUGCCUUUACCACCCGUCACAACCUUGCGUUCCGUUAGUACAGCGGUCACCACCGCUAGUACCGCCGCCGACUCGGAGACUUCGAUCACGGGUCCGGCCACCGCCAAUCAGUCCUUCGCCGACGACUACGACUGGAGGGGCGCAGAGCAUCACUUGUCCGCUGAGGAAAUACGGUCGAUUCAGCAGGCACUGACCGAUGACGAUACGUGGCAAGAGAACAGCGCACUAGUCGAUGCGCCUGAGGCAGGAGAUACCCAUACCGACACUCAAAACGGGGAACUUUCGGCGGCUGAGGCGGAAGCUAUUGAACGAGCCUUACGGGAAGCCGACGAAGAAUCGGAAAGAGAUUCUCUUUUGCUCGCUUGGCAAAUGCAGGACGAAGAGGAAGCACGCCAGCGACAGCAAGUGGCGGCCCGAGGUACGCAGCAAGGCAAUAUCCGAACCAUCACUCGCGCCGAGCUUCGAGCCGAGCAGUCUGGCCGAUUUAGCACCAUUGGGGCCGUUCAUUCUUCGGAUCCACCCGUUAUGCGGCAUCCUUUAGAGGACGAAGAAGAAGUGCAGUUAGCCGCGGCAGGUUUUCGCAUGAACAGCACCACUCGACAGGAGUGGUCCCGACGUGACCAGCACUCCGUCGUAGGACCCAACAACGAAGUUCGUACCAAACACGAUGCCGAACUCCACGAGCAGGCCAACGCGCACCGGCUGGGUUUGGAUACCGACGAGCACGGACUAGCGCGAAUCGGGAACAAGGCCUUCAAUUCGUUCCUUCACUCUGUCCGUAGAGACAAGAAAAAGGGGGUUGCCACCCACGGCACCGGGAGGGCUGGUUCGGAUACCGAUGCAACCAAGGGUGGCGCCAUGGACCCAGCUGUGCGCAUGCAAAUUACUCGUGCGAUCAAUAGCGGGUUGAUCGAACGAUGCAACGGAGUCGUGAAGGAGGGUAAAGAGGCUGUGGUGUAUCAUGCCGAAAAGGGCGAGGAAAGCGAAGGGUUUGACGUUGCAAUGAAAGUUUUCAAGCGUAUACAAGAAUUCAAGGGCCGCGGUGACUACGUAGAAGGUGACCCUAGGUAUGCCCGUGCCAAUUUCAGGAAAGCAAGUAAUAGAGAGCAGCUGGAAAUUUGGGCUGAGAAAGAAUUUCGAAAUUUAAUGAGAGCAAUUCGAGCCGGCGUUCCUGUGCCAACGCCACUUUUACAAAAGGAAAACGUUUUGUUCAUGCGUUUCAUGGGCAUGAAUGGGUGGCCGUCACCACAGUUGAGAGAACUGGAUUUGCGAAAAGGUAGCAAGAAAUGGACGACUCUUUACACUCAGGUGAUGGAGGCUAUCCAAAGACUAUAUACGAAAGGUAGACUAGUGCAUGGGGAUCUGAGCGAGUACAAUAUAAUGGUGGUUCCCGCAUUUCUCGUCGACAAUCCAUCUACAUACGUUGAAAAUGAUCAGGAUCUUCAACCAGUGUUGAUUGAUUUUGGACAGGCUGUAGAUCUACGUCACCCUGAAGCGAGACCGCUGCUGGAGCGCGACUUGGAUAGAGUGAUUGCUUUUUUCAAACGGCAAGGAGUCGAAACCAUGCGUAUUUCCGAUGCAGUCUCCUUUGUUGUUAACGAGGCCGAAUUGAAGCCGAUCAAUGUACCGAGCUAGUGUUGAGCACUAUGAUUACUUUCUCUUGUAAGCAGCGAAAAAGGAGUUUUCGGCUAAA